CACGGACUGGACAAACAGGAAGUAAAGAAACAGAGACUGCUAGUUUGUAGCGAGAGCAGGUACGCACGGCCCGUAACCCAACCUCAGUUUAGGGUGUAGCCUCCCCGGUUAGACGGAUUAAGCUGCUUGUUGAGGAGGGUCCCUGGAGAGGAAGCUUACACUGUUGGCUAAACAUUACAAGCAAAUAUGGAUUUUCUAUUUGGACGCCGUAAGACCCCAGAAGAGAUGCUGAGGCAAAAUCAGCGAGCUCUGACAAGGGCUAUGAGGGAACUGGAUCGGGAGAGACAGAAACUAGAGCAACAAGAAAAGAAGAUAAUUGCUGACAUUAAAAAAAUGGCAAAACAAGGACAAAUGGACGCAGUGAAAAUCAUGGCAAAAGAUCUCGUACGCACUCGUCGUUAUGUGAAGAAGUUUAUCAUGAUGCGGGCAAACAUCCAGGCAGUUUCACUGAAAAUUCAAACACUAAAAUCUAACAAUACUAUGGCUCAAGCAAUGAAAGGAGUAACUAAAGCCAUGGCCACCAUGAACAGACAGCUGAAGCUUCCUCAGAUACAGAAAAUUAUGAUGGAGUUCGAAAAACAAUCCGAGAUUAUGGACAUGAAAGAAGAAAUGAUGAAUGAUGCCAUUGAUGAUGCAAUGGGUGAUGAAGAUGAUGAAGAAGAAAGUGAUGCUGUUGUAUCUCAAGUUCUGGAUGAGUUGGGCUUAACUCUGACUGAUGAGCUGUCCAGCCUCCCGUCAACAGGAGGUUCUCUUAAUGCGGCCGCAGCAAAGAAAGCAGAAGCCACAGCUGCCUUGGCUGAUGCAGAUGCAGAUUUAGAAGAGCGGCUGAACAAUUUGAGACGAGACUAACACGUGGAACCUUGUCACACAUAAGACUACUGGUUUUCUUAUUUUUAUCUUUCUUCUGUGUUUGCCUGAGGAUGUAGGUAAAUGGUAGCAGGCCUGUUGCCUCUCUUUGUUAAGGGGCGUAAAAUACUGAAACUUGCUUUUCAAAGGUCAGCAAAUUGCCAUUUUCCCUGCAGGGGUAUCUCAAUCCCAAUAAAUUGCUGACUGUGUGGCAACUUUGAUGUCAAAAUUCCUAUUUUCAGGGUUCUCUGAUAUAUGUAAAAAGCAAAUAUUCUUUCGCUUUCUUGCUGGAUUUUAUAGCAGACUGUUUCUGGGUCGGUCCAGACUGAACUUGCACAUAGGGAAAUGCUGAUGGUGUUCCCCUGGCUGAAAAAAACCAAAGGAUGUAAUUCCCUUUAGUGUUAAAUUAUAGUGUCUUACAAAUGAUCAGGAGAAGAAACAGUUGUUUUAAAGGGGAAAGAAAGGUAAUUUACACUUGGGGAUGCCAAAAGUUAGGCACCCCCAAGUGAUUGUAUUUACUUACCUGAAACCCUGGGCCGCUGCUCCUAUCAGCAGAAAACUGCACCGACCCGAGAUUCUUCCAGUGAGCACUACAGUGUAGAGUCCUGCGCAGGUCCAUUUUUUGGAACUUGACCCGUAACCGCAACCUGCAAACCACAACCCGGAUCUGCAGCCCGCAUUCUUACCUGCUUGGACCCGCUACCCGACCUGCAAGUACCUUAUCUGAAACCUGGACCCGCUGACCAUGAAGAAUCAGGAAGUGCUGUCAUUGUAAACCGGAAGUGACAUCAUCGGAAGUAGGCGUGAUCAGAAAAAGAGUAAAAAUCGCCAUUGAGAAGACCCGCGGCACAACCUGCAGAACCGCUGACCCGUGUCUGUACUCGCACCCCGAACUUCUACCCGCAAGUUUUUGCGGGUAACCCACAGGUACCUGACCCGCUGCAGGAGUCUGCCACAGAGGUAUCGCCUUCCUGAUUCUUCUUUCUUCUCACCACUGAGCAUGCGCAGUAGAGUGAAAAGCUGAACUGUAACGCAAAAGCCAGCUAUUUCAUUCUACUGCGCAUGUUUGCCCUGGGAAAUUUAAAAACCAAAGAAGGGGAUCGCUCCAUGGUGCUCGCUGGAAGAACCCCGGGCCGGUGCAGUUUUCUGCUGAUCGGAGCACCGGCCCGGGGUGUCCAGUAAGUAAAUACAAUCACUUGGGGAUGCCUAACAUUUGGCACCCCAAGUGUGUAUUGCCUUUCCUUUAAGGAAAAUAAUCCCCUGAUCAUCUUAAAAAAAAAAAAAAGGCUGUGCAAUCUCCCAGUUAGAUUUAUGUAUGGGAUGUAUAUUAUUUGAAUGAAUGUAUAAAGUUCAUUUUAUUCUAAUAAAACAUAUCAUACCUUGGA